AAUCAUCUUAAGGGCAGGUUGUUUGUUUCACCUGAACAGUGACGCACAGUGAACAUCACUGCGCGAGAACAACUCCGUAAACAGUUUAUUUUCAGAAUGUCUUCGAGGCCUCACGAGAGUCCUCCACCCUAUGAUUAUCACACAGAGGAUGGAUAUAAUGCUCCCUCGCAGCCUGCAUACUCGUAUUAUCCUGAUGAUGAGUUCCAGCAUUUCUACCGCUGGACAUCUCCACCGGGCAUCAUAAAGAUCAUGGGCGUCAUGUCGAUCAUCUUCUGCGUGGGCAUCUUUGUGUGCGUGGCCUCGACUCUGGCCUGGGACACGAAUGCAGGAGCGGCUGGAUUCAACACAUAUGGAGGCUCUUAUGGAGGUUCUUAUAGUGGCUCAUACGGAGGCUCAAUGGGUGGAGGAUACGGCUAUGGGAUCCUCGGCUCUCAGAACGACCCCAGACAGGGCAAGGGUUUCAUGAUCGCUAUGGCCAUCAUCACCUUCAUCAUUCUGCUCGUCAUCUUCAUCAUGAUCAUCUCACACCAGAAAGUCGCUCAGGGAAGGAAGUUCUACCUAGCCGUCAUCAUCAUCAGCGCCAUCAUGGCUUUCCUCAUGUUAGUUGCCACCAUAGUCUAUCUGGUGACGGUUUAUCCAAUGGCCCAGUCGUCCGGAACGAUGCAGUUCAAUCAGGUUUAUGCCUUGUGCGCCCCUUACCAGCAGCCUCAGAUGAUGGGUGCACUCAUGAACCAGUAUCUGUAUCACUACUGCGUGGUGGAUCCUCAGGAGGCAAUCGCUCUGGUUUUGGGCUUCAUUGUCACCGCGGCCCUCAUCAUCAUCAUGGUUUUUGCCAUUAAAACCCGUCAAAGGAUCAAUUAUCACGGGAAGGACAACAUACUAUGGCGCCGUGUGAAAGAAACUGGCGAUCAAAACUCACCACGGGAUGUCGAGGAUUGGGUGAAUGAUGUGAAUGGAGUCCCUGAACCGCUGUUGGCUGACUAUCCGGUGAAGUUUGGAGGGUCUAGAAAUGAUCUAGAUGACAACAGCACCAAUUAUGACAAACCUCCUUACAGUGAAAGUCCUGUGGAGAUUGAGCGCAGUGUGCAGGUCCGUAGUUCAGUCCCGAUGAGCAGUGGGUCAGAGAUGAGCAGCUCUGCAGGACGGCCCAAGAAACGGCGCGCUGGACGCCCACGAACCGCUGAAACCGACUACGCCUCCUCCGGAGAUGAGCUGGACGACGACGACGACUUCUCCAGUGAAUUCCCUCCCAUCAUUGAUAAUGAAGAGAGAGAACAUUACAAACGGCUGUUUGACGAAGACCACCAGGAGUACAAGAAGCUCCAGGCAGAGAUGGACCAGAUCAACAAGCAUCUGGCUGAAGUGGACCGGGAGCUGGAUGACCUGCAGGAGGGCAGUCCUCAGUUCCUGGACGCCAUGGACAAGUACAACGCGCUGAAAGACAAAAAGAGGAGCGGUGAUUACCUGGUGAAGAAGAAGCGCUGCAAGCACCUGAAGGCCAAACUCAGUCACAUCAAACGAAUGGUCAGCGAUUACGACCGGAGGACCUGAAGAUCAUCACAUUCGAGAGGAAGCAGUGUUGUGACCGCACACAUGUGUUGAUGUCAUUUCCAUUCAAGAGCAGGGCUGUGUUGCUUUCUAGACAUUUGAUAGAUAAUGCAUGUAAAUACUCAAAGCAUUUGUAUUGCUCAGUGCAGUAUUUUCCCAGAAUCCUUAAGAUUUUACUGAUGCAUCUAUAGUUGUCGUUGUUUUUUUUGUUGCAGAUGUCCAGUAAGCUGUUACAGAUUUAACAUGAACUUGUUGGUGUUUCAGCACAGUGUGUUUGUUUUAUAAUGUUGUUUGUUUUUAUAAUAUUUCUAUGAUAAUUGUGAGCAGGUGGGUGGUUUGAACUCUUGAUAACUUGCAUGUGUGUGUAAAUCAAGCUGUGAUCAGUUACAGGUUAUAUAUAUAUAGCCUAAAAAUGCAAUCGUUUUUAAGCUGUAUUUAUGCAAUUUUAAAAACUUUUUACAUGCUGUUAUGUAAAUGUGUAAUUUAAACCAUGUGUUUUCUUUUUAGUUUUUUUACAACUAUUAAUAAAAUCAUUUUUAAGGCCUAAA